AUGGCCACUCUACAGCGCAUGCAAACAGAUCCUCCAGCCGGAGUCUCCGCGUCUCCGAUAGCAGACAAUGUGAUGACAUGGAACGCGGUCAUAAUCGGUCCAGCUGACACGCCCUUUGAAGAUGGCACAUUCCGCCUGGUCAUGCAGUUUGAAGAGGCUUAUCCGAACAAGCCACCGGGCGUGAAAUUCGUGUCUCAAAUGUUUCAUCCCAACGUCUACGGCACGGGCGAGUUGUGUCUUGAUAUCCUGCAGAACCGAUGGUCGCCCACUUAUGAUGUCGCCGCCAUCUUGACGAGUAUUCAGUCCCUCCUAAACGAUCCCAAUACGUCGUCUCCCGCCAACGUCGAAGCGAGCAAUCUCUACAAGGACAACAGGAAGGAAUAUGUCAAGAGGGUGCGCGAGACGGUGGAGAAGAGUUGGGAGGAUUGA